UUAGUAUAAUUUUAGAAUUCGAGCCGUACGUCGCAUAGUUAAAUGGGCUUUGUUGAUUACUUACAAACAUGUCACCAACAAUAAGAACCAUAUUAUCAGACAUCUACACCAACACCUCCAACUAUAUUAAGACCAAAAUGGACUUUGUGGUGGAAAUCUCAAUCGUUGUCCUAUUUUUCGGAGCUAUGCUCAAUAAAUUCUUAAUUUUAAAUUGAAGUUGUGUUGUGUGUUUUUUGGAAAUCUUCGAAACAAAAUGUGUUUAAAACGACAUAUAAAAAUAGAGUACACGUAACAAAAAAAUUA